GGCAGCUUUCUCCUCACACCACUGACGGGACACUUUCUCCUCACACCACUGACGGGGCACUUUCUCCUCACACCACUGACGGGACCAUUCGUCCUCACACCACUGACGGGACCCUUCCUCCUCACACCACUGACGGGACCAUUCCUCCUCACACCACUGACGGGACCCUUCCUCCUCACACCACUGACGGGACCCUUUCCUCCUCACACCACUGACGGGACCCUUCCUCCUCACACCACUGACGCGACACUUUCUCCUCACACCACUGACGCGACACUUUCUCCUCACACCACUGACGGGACACUUCCUCCUCACACCACUGACGCGACACUUCCUCCUCACACCACUGACGGGACACUUCCUCCUCACACCACUGACGGGGCACUUUCUCCUCACACCACUGACGGGGCACUUUCUCCUCACACCACUGACGGGGCACUUCCUCCUCACACCACUGACGGGGCACUUUCUCCUCACACCACUGACGGGGCACUUUCUCCUCACACCACUGACGGGACACUUCCUCCUCACACCACUGACGGG